AACUCAAGAUUGAACGAGUGCCCGAUCCUUCAGGUGAGUCAUACGUUCACCCAUACGAGCACGCACUCACCAGCGUCAACACAUCCGAUAGACGAGCUCAUCGAGGCUGCGGCCGCGCUGUUCGCGCUGGCCAUGCGGGACAUUCUACAGAUGGCGCUUGCAAUAGCCUCGUUGGGGGCGACCUAAGCCCUAGUCCCGAUGGCACGAGCGAUGAUCAGAGCUGCAGUCCUUGCGGCAGGAGAGUUCUACCCCGCACUUGACCAGAGCGGUACGCUGGUUGGAUAUGCUCUGUGGAUGCCGCCGGGCGAGGAGCUCUUCGCGACGUAUGUGGACGGAGCUUUGUGGUUCAAUCGGUAGUCCUGAACAGCGCGACCAGGGUCUGAACGACUUCAUGGCGAGCCUCCGGAAGCAGUCAAGCAAUACUACAAGAAUGCCGUUCGUGGCCUCAUCUUCGCUGCGAUUUGCAUUUCAGGGCAAGACGGACGCGUGGUGGCUCAACAACUUCUGCGUUCACCCUGAGAGACAGAGGCAGGGUAUUGGGCGGCGGCUUCUCGAGAUCGUGAGACAGAAGGCGAAGGCGAGAAGCCAAGUCGUUGCACUCAGCGCGACGAGAGACGUCAACGCACCUGUGUACAAGGCAUACGGCUUCGAGCAGAAAGGCGUGAAAAAGAUGCUUUCGCCGUGGGGAGAUUGGCCACUGUACGUUUUCGUGCUCGAUGCCGGCUGUCAGUGAGCCUCAGAGUAGCGGCAGACGCUAUGUAAAGAAGACCUCUUUG